GCCUGCAUUACUGAACUGGAAAGGUUACUUCUGGAAAGCUGUGGGUCAAAUACAUGAACUAACUCCACAAAUUAAGUCAAUAUUGGAUAGUUAAUCUAUUCUUCAGGUCUAAAAGCAGAGAAGAUGGCAUUCCUCCUGCAGCAGAUGUUGGGGGACAAACUGAAGAACAUGACAGGAGGAGCCGAGGCUGCAGACGUGGCCGGGGAGGAGAAAGAGACGGCGGCGUCUAAAGGAAUGAGCCGGGAAGAGUUCGAGGAGUAUCAGAAACAGCUCAUCGAGGAGAAGAUCGCCAGGGACAAGGAGUUUGCCACGAAAAAAGCAGAGAGAGCAAACUUACGAGUGCUUCUACGUGACAAAUACAGACUACCACAGAGCGCACAAGACGACGCCACCGUCCAGAUGGCCGGAGAUGACCUGGACAUUCCCGAGGAGCUGGCGAAGAUGGUGGACGAAGACGAGGAGGAGGAAGAGAUAAACGAUUCUUUUAUGGGAAAACUCCAGAACAUGGACGUGGACUUUGAUUCAAUCAAGGCUAAAGCUCAGAGCACGAUGACGGAGGUCAAACAGGCGGCAGAAGACAAAUGUGUCAUGAUGUGAUUGUGCGGUUAAACGUACAGUAAACCGCCCAUCAUCAACAUGUAUGGAUUUGGAAAAUUUUUUACUUUGUUUCUUCAUUUAAUGAUUAAUGAUAAAACAAUAAUAUUUGUCAUUUUCAAAUGAAAAGGCAGAAGUUUUAUUUUCAAGUGGACUGUCCCUUUAAGAGGAUAACAGUGCAAUAGACUACAGAGGCUCACAACAUGCUUUAGACAAAUAGGACAAGUUCUUGGAUUUACAUCCUCUGCUUUAAAAUCAAACAUACAUAGUCCAAACUUGCAUGAGAGGGAAAUAAAAUAACAAAUACCGAUGUUGUUCAAACUCAGUCCUGUGCUGAAUAUUAAAAUCUGAUUGGUUGAACUAGGAUCACGUCCUACCUGGGUGAAUCAUGUCAAGCAAUGCAAAGCUGUGCACAUCUGCUGUUUUUCUGAAAAACAAUGAAAAAUCAAUCAUUAAACAUCUUAAAAUAACAUUUCUUCAUCUGAAGUAAACAUUAAAAUCAGUUACAUAAAUAUAUUUUUACACAUUACAAAAAAGAGAAGAAGCAUAAGAAAGAGCUUAAUUUUCAUGAAAAUAACGCAAUUAUUAGGAUAAUUUCUAUCUCAUAAUAUAUCCUGUUUCCUUAUCAAAUAUUGAUUGGUUGAAGUCCAUAAUUUGUUUGGGAAUUGUUUUAUAUAUGUCUUAUCUAUUUCUUUCUUUAUGUUUCUAGUCAGUUUAAUUUGAUAUGCUUUAUUGUAUUAUGUUAUUGUUGUAAGCAUGAAUU